AUGCAAGAAGUCAAGGAUGUCUCAGAUGGUGCUUACAAUUGGCUGGCAGGGAAGAACCCCACAGAAUGGAGUAAGUCACAUAUUUCAGAGUACCCAAAAUGUGACAUUUUGGUGAAUAAUUUGUGUGAGAGUUUCAAUGCAGCCAUACUUGAUGCUCGCGACAAGCCAAUUAUAACUUUACUAGAGAAAAUUAGAUUUUGGUUGAUGUCUCGGUUUUAUAACAAAAAAGCUAAGUUGGAGAAGAUGACUCAACCUGUGGGGAAGAGAAUUUUGAAGAUAAUUGAGAAGCAAAAAGAGGUUGCAAAGCAUUGUCUGUUUACUAGGUCUGACAAGUUUCAGUUUCAGGUUCAAUGCAGCAAUGGUACUGCCUUGGUUGUCGAUUUGGAAUUCAGAACGUGUACAUGUAGGAGGUUUCAACUAUCUGGGCUUCCUUGUGGCCAUGCACUAGCUACUAUCUGGUUCAUGGGAGGUAAUGUCUUUGAUUAUGUCCACGGAUUCUAUAAAAAAGAAUCAUUGCAAAAAGCAUAUGAACAGAGUGUGCAUCCUAUGCCUAGUCCAGAUAUGUGGCCUCAGACAGGACUCAACCCAAUUGAUCCACCACCUGAGACGAAGCUGCCUGGAAGACCUAAGAAAGCUAGGAGAAGGGAGACAGAUGAACCUCCACCUACUUUAAAGAAAGCUCGAAGAACUGGACAAGUUAAAACAUGUAGCAAUUGUCUGAAAACAGGCCACAGGAGAGAAACAUGCAAAUCUGCUAAGGUGGUUGAGAAUCGUGUGGUCAAAAAGCGAGGUCGUCCACCACUGCAGAAACCAACUGAAGCCACACUUUUAAGGAAGGGAAAGAAGACUGAAACAACAUGCUAA